UGGCCUGCCAAGGGAGAUGGUGGAGUCACCAUCCCUGGCAGUGUUCAAGAUGCGUCUGGAUGAGGAGCUAUGAGAUAAGGUAGAUUGUGGUAGGAGUGGUAAUGGGAUGACAGUUGGAUGAGAUGAUCUUGUAGGACCCUUCCAUCCUUGUGAUUCUAGGAUUUUAUGAUUCUAUGAUUCUAUGAUGGUUAUCUUCUUGUUUGAUCAGAUGCGGUGGAGUUUCCUUAACAUCUCUGACACGUGCCCCCAGAAGACAGCAAAGCUCUCUGGAGAGGUUGUCUGGGCAGCAGAUGGGGGCCUCCGUGCCUCCUGGCAUGGAGUCCCCAGUCACUAAGGCAAUGCCAGGCAACAGUGCCCAGCAGCUGCUCCCUGGCAGGGGCUCUCCCUCACCCGCUGAGGUGAUUCCCUGCUUCGACAUGGAACCGGAACCCCACAGCUGAUUGUGUCACAAAAACGUGCUGUGUUUUGGGGCCUGCAGGGUUGCCCUGCAUGCUGCCUGGUCCCCAGCCCGGGGCGCGUCAUUCUCUGUGAGGUGACACUGUGGUGUGAUGUCACAGUGGUACCUCAUACACCCUUGUGGCAGCGGUGGGAGCGGUGGCUCAGUCCGCUUGUGGGACCCGCAGGAAGUGAACCCAGAGAGAGCGUUGUGUCUGUCUGGACAUAUCCUGCUGUGAUGGAGCGUCUGAGAGCCCUUCGAGGUCUCUUUGCUUGUGUGGGCUGCAUGCCCAGGCGUACGCGUCGCAGGGAGAGAAGCAGGGUGUCAAGCCCUGUCCCUACCUGCACCGUGACUUUGCUGCUGCAGUGCCUGCAAGAUCGGGAGGGUGACCGAGCGCAGGCGUACUGUGAGCUGGAGAGCGCCCUGUGGGAAGAUGACAGCCGCCCGCCGUGCGGAGUGGUGAACCGGCUGCUGGCAGAGGUGUCCCAGGACCUGACGGCAGCCCAGGGCGUGACCAGCAAUGUGAGGACAGCUGCCAGCAAUGUCCUGGUGGCUCUGGCUCGGACUCACUUCACCCUGGUUAUGGCCGAGCUCCAGAGCCACCUGAAGGCCGCGGGGGAGAUGUCCAAGGAGUUUGUGCUCAUCACCCUGAGCAAACUCUUCAGCACUUAUGCUCCACAAUGCAUCCCCUUUGUGUGGCUGACACUGGCUGGCCUGCGCAGUGUGGUUGGCCAGGUGAGGAGCGGCCAGAUCCUGCGCAUCGCUUGUGCUGUUGUGAAACAGUGGUUGGACGGAGUGAAGAUUAACUUGUCCUCUGGAAUGCAAUGCCCCUGGCCUGCCAUGGAGAAAGGGCAGAUCUAUGAGAACCUUCACGAGCUGCUCUUCUCUGUGCUGAGGAACUGGCAGGACUGCCAGGAGGAGAAGGUGAGCAUUGCUGCACUCCCAGCCCAGGAUGGCAGCAGGGGCACCCAUGUCGGCAGCUCUGUCUGUGCCCAGCAGGCUGAGAGCCGAGGGGUGACGAGAGGGAGUGGGCUGGCUCUGCAAAGGGUCCCAAACUGGCUCUGUGCCAGGGAGCAGCUGCAUGUCACAGUAUUGUGGCAGGGAGAGCUGGGGAUGAGGGUGUGGGGAAAACCUGCCUGCUCUCCAGAGCAAUCUGGAGAGAAUGAGUAA